CACACCCACCCACGCUAUCACAUCCUAACAUCGCCCGUCGUGUUUUGACUGACUGUGUGUGUCCACUCCGGUGGGGAAUAUUUGGCAUCAUAUUCCUAAACUCAAAGAGCUGAGCGCUGUGGGAGAUGAUGACCUCGGCCAAGAUUUGCUUGUGUGUGUGCGUGUUUGCUCCAAUCCAACACAAACUCCCGGUGAGGUCUCCUCAGCUGAGACCUCGGCGAAAGGUUAACCGAAAGCGUGCCCCACCUGGUGCGACUUCCUCCAUUUGUUCGUCAUUGAGCCCCCUUGCUGCGCCGGACGGCGUGUUGUGAAACCGGUUUGCAAGAAGCGCCCCUUUGCUGUUCCUCAUCAUAUGCUGCCCCCCCUCCUUCCCCCCUGCCAACUCCCCCGAGUCGUAGCUCCUCCUCUUAAGAAAAAACAGAAAAGACACUUCCUGAUGUCAUUACUAAAUCAAAAAGUGCCUCGGCUAGCAGAUGUCAAGAGAGGCCCCGUGAGCUGAUUCUAUGACAUGUAAAAUACCACGAAAAGUUUCCAUCUGCUUUGUUAUCAUUUUGACAAACUGGUUCAGGGUCCCCAGAAAAUAUAAAAACGUUUUCCAAAGAGCCCAAACGGGUGUAGGUACCGUAAGGUUUUGGAUAAAAAUGCAAGAUACUACAAACAGUAACCGCUUUGGUGUCCUCCAGGGACCAGAAGUUAGCCCACUAACAAAUUAUAUAAUCAUGCAGUGUAGUCAUCAGACAUGAUUAGUUGUUAUCAGACAUGAUUAUUGGAGUCGCUGUGCUUUUACGAGCGCCGAAACCCGGAUCGUAUGACGAGCAGUCAUUUGCCGGUCAUCAUACCCAGAAGAAGGCCUGGAAGCACAUCAAGCUCGCUCGCUUGCUCGCCUCGCACGUGUUAGUUUGUCUUUCAUUUGGUUCCACUGAAGCCAAAUAUCGAUCUACGCCGCUUGCACACUCGUGAUUCCCAUCAAGCCACUGAGAAGCUCUAAAUGUUUGCUUAUGUUUCCUAUUUGGCAGAGGCAGCCCGAGAAAGAAAAAAAAAAAAAAAAAGGCAAAUAAAUCACAUGCUGUGAGACUGGCCAGGCCUUCCACUGUGAGAAACUAAAAAGCAGAACAAGAGUUGAGGAGUAAAGGGUUUUCAGAUGUGAGUCCAGCCCAGCUCGCUCGCUUUGGGUGUGCUCCCUUCUUUUUUAUUUGGGGGAGAAUGGAGAGGACACUCUCUGUUGCCUCCACCCCCUCCAGAAGGCAGAACCGUCCCAGGGAAGCGCCAGUCGGAGACGGGAAGAGCCGCCGAGCCGCCUUGGCCGUGGGGCUGAUCUGAGGGGAACAUCUGGCGAGGCGGGCGGGCGAGCUCUCCGUCGGACAUCUGCUGGCGAGGGUUUUACACCGCGUCGCUCUCGUCCUGACGCCGCUUCCUGUUAUGCCUCGCUGUGCCUCGGCGUCUUCGUGCGGGAGGAGACACCCCGAUUCAUUUAUUCUGACAUGAAGGGAGCGCUUGGCUUGAUUGCGGUGUUGCUCUCCUUUCUCCACGAUGGCACCUUUGGAGACACCGCCUCACCAAUUGCUUGUGUGAAAAACCCACCGAGUUGUAUGAACUUUUACGCUGUGUGCCAUAAAUCUUACAACGGAGCCACCAUGGACUGCCUGUACAAUCUCCUGGACCACAACUGCUUCUGCAACUUCAACGAGGCCAUGGCGGCCAUGAACGCCACCGACUGGUGCGCUUGGGGCAACGUAAGCGGGCUGUACAGCAACUUGAGCCACUGCACUGAGAACAUCUCCGACUGCUUGGGCAUUCCGUGGCCCAACCCUAUGGUGGAGGAGACAUUUGUGGAAAUCCACCACAAGUUUUUCAAGGACUGCCACAUGGAAGAGCUCAGUGACCCGCCACCGCCCAUCAUCUUUGCCCUGGUGAUCACGCCGAUCCUCCUCAUCCCCGUCAUGGUCAGUCUGGUGGUCCUCAAGACCAAGAAUGGAGAUGGCAGCUCCUGAUUGUGAUUUAUAGGCAGGAGCCACUAAAGGCAGAACGUCACGGGAGAUUUAGAAUACCAUAGGUGCAUUUCAACUAAAAGGUACCUGCUCGCGUUAUUCAAGAUUCAAAUGGCCCAUUGUUAUUUACAUAGCACUGGAGUCCAUUUGACGCAGGAAGAAGAAUUUACCUUCUAGUUUCUCCUUAACUUAUUUGGCUUGCCAUUUACCAAGCUUAUGUUUUUGCUAGCCCCAACACACGGAUGCCAAAAGUGAUACAUCACAGCGCGUUUCCACAAACAAAUCGUACCAAACUGUGCUACUCUGUGAAAAUUGAAUUCAUGACAAGACCUUCAGAGGAGGGGUCGCACAUAAUAUGAACCAAAUGUCGACGAACACGUUUUUAGUACAUUAUGUGUGAUGAUGAUGACAAAGGCCCCUGGGCUUGCUGGGUUGACCUCCAUUUUAGGAGUUUUUUUUUUUUUAAAUAUUGGGUGGCACAGGUAGCUCUCCAUGAUAUGGGUUGAGCAGGAUGGGAUGCUAGAGAUGAUGGAAUGCGAUUGUUAGGAGAAGGAGCCUUCUUUCCUCCCAUUGUCUCCUUUGAAAACACAAUCUUCAUCAUCCUAGGCAGAUCCAAUUCAUAUUUGACUUAAUUUCUCAGACAAGAAGCAAAAGAUAAAAAUUACGUUUCGCUUUGUUCCAGUGACGAGGGAAAGCUCUUUUUAGUGCGUUCAGACUUAGUUCCUAUUUAUGUGGAUUUUUUUUUUCUCUGUGUAUUUUCUGGACUUCCUGUAACAUCUGAAGGGAAACUAUACAAUGUACUGUAUUGUAAUUAAAAACACAUUUUAUACAGAUCUAAGAUUGCUUGUCAAUUGUGAUUUAUGUAAUGAAAGUUUAACUACAACAUUGGAUAAACAAACGAGGAAGAAAAAUCUGUAGCUGGA